CAGUCACAGAUCUCAGUUGAGUGGUGGACUUACUAGUUGGAGGCUAUUUACAACAUACUCUGUUUAAUUGGAUGUUUAGUCUGGUCGACUUUUCCUUAACAUACAAUAUGCUUCAGAAUUUGUUUGGACUUGUUUAUCUGUCUGCAGUUUUGCAGUUUGUCAGUCUCAAAGAUGCACACGCAGAAUGCCCUGUUCAGUUCAACCCACCAAGACCUGUUGUGAAGUACAACAGUCCUGUGUCAGUUAACUGUAGCACUACUGUCCCUCAUGCAAAUGUUGGAUGAGAAAAGGCUGAGGGAGAAGUAUCCUUAAUCGAAUAGAGUCUGGUCACCUGGAAUGUACAAAACCUGAGACAAUGGGGAAAAGAUGUAUUCUGCUACAUCAACUAUAAUGAAUCCCAAUGUACAUUAACUCUCCCAAUCACUAUUUACAAGACUCCAGACAGUGUGUCCAUCAGCACAGUGGAUCACACAGGACCAAUGAUUCGGGGUGAACAGUAUAAGCUCCAGUGUGACAUUCAGGAUGUGGCUCCUGUUAAAAGUCUAAGGGUGAAAUGGUUCAAAGGAGAGACUCUGUUGAAUCUCACCACCUUCAGUGACACCACCAGGUCUCCAGUGAAUGAAUCUGCAACACUCUUGAUCACUGCAAACAAAGCGGAUGAUGGAGUUCAGUACAGGUGUGAAGCAGAACUGGAACUGGGACCAGACGGACCUCAAACUCCUCCUACAGUGACAUCAAAACCUCUUGACAUUACAGUUCAUUAUAAACCAAAACACUCCAGUUCUGUGGAGAUCAUCAGUACAAACAGCAAUGAGGUCUCACUCGAUUGUACAGUGGUGGCAAAUCCGGCUCCUACGUACACUUGGCACUCCAAACAUUUGCUAGAGAAGAAAACCUCCUCAGUGCUUCCAUCCUCUACACUUACUCCAGGAAACUACACGUGCACUGCCACAAACUAUCUGGGAAAAUCCAGCAAAGUGUUCAUCAAAUCUUCAGAUGCACACGCAGAAUGCCCUGUUCAGUUCAACCCACCAAGACCUGUUGUGAAGUACAACAGUCCUGUGUCAGUUAACUGUAGCACUACUGUCCCUCAUGAUGGGAUGGGAUGGGAAAAGGCUGAGGGAGAAGAAUCCAUUAUCAACGACAGACUGGUCACCUGGAAUGUACAAAACCUGAGACAAUGGGAAAAAGAUGUAUUCUGCUAUAUCAACUAUAAUGAAUCCCAAUGUACAUUAACUCUCCCAAUCACUAUUUACAAGACUCCAGACAGUGUGUCCAUCAGCACAGUGGAUCACACAGGACCAAUGAUUCGGGGUGAACAUUAUAAGCUCCAGUGUGACAUUCAGGAUGUGGCUCCUGUUAAAAGUCUAAGGGUGAAAUGGUUCAAAGGAGAGACUCAGUUGAAUCUCACCACCUUCAAUGACACCACCAAGACUCCAGUGAAUGAAUCUGCAACACUCUUGAUCACUGCAAACAAAGCGGAUGAUGGAGUUCAGUACAGGUGUGAAGCAGAACUGGAACUGGGACCAGACGGACCUCAAACUCCUCCUACAGUGACAUCAAAACCUCUUGACAUUACAGUUCAUUAUAAACCAAAACACUCCAGUUCUGUGGAGAUCAUCAGUACAAACAGCAAUGAGGUCUCACUCGAUUGUACAGUGGUGGCAAAUCCGGCUCCUACAUACACUUGGCACUCCAAACAUUUGCUAGAGAAGAAAACCUCCUCAGUGCUUCCAUCCUCUACACUUACUCCAGGAAACUACACGUGCACUGCCACAAACUAUCUGGGAAAAUCCAGCAAAGUGUUCAUCAAAUCUUCAGAAAUAACAUUCACUGUUUUAGUUGCCAAGCGGGACCGAGACGGAAUUCCUUUUGCCUCUGUGCCUGGACUAAAGCAGAUUUCAACCAUUUUUAACAAAAUGAAAAGCAUUCUCUUAUGUUUUCUUGGCUUGUUCAUUAUUGGAAUAGUGUUAGGUGACAGUUGUUUCCUGGAGAUAUCUCCAUCCAGAGUAGUGGUGAAAUUUGGGGAUCCAGUGUCGGUUAGCUGUGUGGCCUCCCGUCCAGUGCGUGUGCUGGGAUGGGAAUCGAUCAUUGGAGCUUCACACACUCAACAAGACCUCAGUGUUCAAUGGCAGGUAGACAGUUUGACUGACUGGAUUGAGGAGCCAAUCUGCUAUGGUGUUUUUUUCACUGCACCCAGGCAGUGUGAAGAAAAACUAAACCUUGUUUUAUACAAGCAACCAGACAGUGUCUCCAUAAGAUUGAAUCACACAAGCCCAGUGGUGGAAGGCAGAAAGUACCAGCUACUUUGUGAGGUGCAGAACGUUGCACCUGUUCAGUACCUUGUUUUACGAUGGUACAGAGGACAAAAUGAGGUUUACAAUCACUCAUUUUCAGAGUUAUCAACUGCUAUACCAGUCCAGGUGUCCUCCACCUUGCUUAUUGUCCCAAACAGAGCUGAUGAUGGAGCUCAUUACAGGUGUGAAGCUGCGCUGGAACUGGGAGCAGAAGGACCUCAACCUCCUCCUAGAGUGCAGUCUGAAGAGCUUAGCAUUGCUGUUCAGUACCCCCCUGAAUUUCCCAGUCCAAAGGAGGAGAUACUGGAAAUCAGUGAGGAUGGUGACAUGAGGCUGAACUGUAUUGCAGUCGGCAACCCUUCUCCUGUGUAUACCUGGAGCUCGUCAAACCUUCAGGAGAUGGUUGACAAUCAGCCAGUUUUGAAAGCUGCCUCAUUGGGCGCAGGUGUCUAUACAUGCACUGCAUCCAAUAUUCUAGGGAAAAAGAGCAAACAGUUUGUCAUCAAGCAGAAAUCCAAAGGUGUUUAAGUCCAGAAACCUUGAGAACGAAUCAAAGACACAUUGAUCUAGAUGGUACGCUCAGGACUUUCUGGACACGGUAGUUAAAAAUCUAGCUUGGCUGUAGAAUGUCUUACAUUUGCAUGUUAUAUUUUAGGGGACUCUCUUUUU